CGGAUGCUGAAAAUAGCAAGAAUAGCGAGAAAUCAACUAAAUAAGCAACAAUUCGUUAGAUGCACUAGUUCUUCUAUUCCACGCACCCAUCCAGACGCUCCUUCCUUCCCUUGCGUCGAUGCUAACGAAUCGAGAGCUGCAAAGUUGGCCUCACAGACCAAUAAACUGCCAUUCAUGCGCAGCGUCAAGAUAGAAGACGUAGAAGGUGAAGGUCCAGAACCUGUCUAUGCUACACCUACACCAGCCACUUAUCAGACAUUCACAUCCGACGAUCCUUUGUUGUUAGAUUUCGGAGGUGUGCUCCCACGAUUCGACAUAGCAUAUGAAACAUGGGGUACUCUCAACAGUGACAAAUCCAACGCAAUCCUUCUACACACAGGUUUGAGUGCAUCCUCACACGCGAAAUCGCAUCCAGGGAAUGAGACACCCGGCUGGUGGGAGAAAUUCAUCGGCCCUGGUCCGGAAUUCGCCAUAGAUACUAAUAGAUUCUUUGUAAUCUGUACUAACGUUCUCGGUGGGUGUUAUGGAUCGACAGGCCCAUCAUCACCUCAUCCAGAUGACAACAAACCGUAUGGUACUCGUUUCCCAAUUGUCACACAGUUCGAUAUGGUUAGAGCACAGUGGAGAUUGAUCGACAGUCUUGGUAUUGACAAGCUGUACGCCUCUGCAGGUUGUUCUAUGGGAGGUAUGCAAUCCAUAGCUGCUGCCCAUCUUGAACCAGAACGCGUUGGAUCUAUAAUAAGCAUCUCUGGUACUGCUAGAUCUGGUUCUACCGCCGUGGCUAUGCGUUUCGCUCAGAGGAGCUGUCUCAUGUCCGAUCCAAAUUGGAAUAGAGGUUUUUAUUACGAUGGUCUGCCACCACACACGGGUAUGAAAAUGGCCAGACAGAUUGCAACAAUCACAUACAGAUCUGGCCCUGAAUGGGAGCAAAGAUUUGGUAGGAAGAGGAGAGUUACACCUUUAUCCGAGGAAGAAAUGGCAACAAAUGUCAAUAAUCCAGGCGACGCACCAAAAUUGUGUCCAGAUUUCCUCAUAGAGACCUACUUGGACCAUCAGGGAGAGCAAUUUUGCUUGAAAUAUGAUGCUAAUUCACUCAUAUAUGUCUCCAAAGCGAUGGAUUUGUUUGACAUGACGAAACCAGCUUUGAUGGAUAUCCAUGAGCGUCGUCUGAGGAACGCACAUCUCAUCGAUAAGAAACUAUUAGGAUCAACGACGUCACACUCUAUGGAACCACCAUCACUCGACAGUGUUAAAAUCAAAAACCUCAAGCCAUACAUCUCCACAGCACCUACCGUACCAUACGCCCAAGAUUUGACAGAGGGGCUGACACGAUUGUCUAAGAUACCAGUGCUCAUUAUAGGUGUACACAGUGACAUUCUCUUCCCAUUCGACCAGCAGAGGGAGUUAGCUGACAGUCUGAGGAAGUCUGGUGAUCCCGAGCGUGUCAAGUUUUUCGCUUUGGAUGGACCUUGGGGACAUGAUACGUUCUUGAUCGAUACAUCUAACGUUGGUGGUGCAAUUAGAGGAUUCUUAAUCUGAUGUCUUGUUAUGUUGUAAUUUUUCACGCUUAUAAUCCUGAACUUGCGAAUAAGGCUGAGAGUUCGUCGAUCUCACUUGAUAGCUGCUUGAUGGAGUUAUCCUGUGGCCAACUGGCAACCAAUGUCUCUAAUGUGAUUUCCUCAUGAUUGUAUCCGUCGAUAAGGUCGCGUUUCUGGUUGGAAGUUGAGUGAAUAUAGAACUUUAAAAGAGGAAUCCACCUACUUCCAAAUGAACUUGCUGGUAGUUCCCAAAUUCGGUCGACAACUUGUCAAGAUGUGGUCCAGCAUCCAACUCGAAGAACAAAUCCAUCAUGCGUUGUAUAAGGUUAUCGUUUUGUACCAAAUUGUCUUGUAUACGUGGUAUAGAACCCUCUAACUCGGCUUGAAGCUGCGUUGCAGAGGAAUUAUACUGACUCUCGUCAAACGAAGCAGCGUGUUGCUGGAGACUUUGCAGUUGCUGUCCGAGAUUUCUGAUAGCUGUGAGGAGAACAUUCACAUUCUCGUCGUUUUUGUCUAUUUGUUUUACGAUAUUAUGCAGUCUGUCCAUAUCGCAGUAAGGGUAAGAGAAUGCUUAGUGAGUAAUACACACGUUUAUACGAAUGACAUAUGUCUAUCAAAUAAUGAAACACAUCCAAAGUAUCCACUUUACGCGUUUAAGUUUGGCUGAGCUAUGGCAUUUAUAC